UGUAACAAAUCCUUACUGGUGUGAAUUGGACGGUGUUGUAUUCCUCGGUACGUCCGGCCAAACAAUCGAUGACAUAUAUAAAUAUGUUAACAGCGAAGAUAGGCUCAAAUUCGCGGAGAGAACGUUACAUUGGAGGCAUAUUGCCCCUACGGCGCCGGAUACGCUUUGGUGCUAUCCUUUCCAAGACGUUGAUCCUUUUAUCAUGUCACAAGCGCCUCAUGUAUACUUUAUCUCCAAUCAGAAGGAGUUCGCCACAAGUACUAUUGAGGGGCCAGAUAAGCAACGUACAAGAAUAAUUUUAUUACCAUCUUUUGCCGAGACCGGAGUCGUUGUUUUAGUUAACCUGAAAAAUUUAAAAUGCCAUCCUAUAUUCUUCUCUUCUCUGAAUUAA